CAUCGCUCUAAAAGGAAAAAAAGAAAAACAGCGCGUGAGUUCACUACGCGUCUCUACUGCGCAGACUCACUCAGAGUCUCGCUUCCCACAGAGGAUUUCUAGUCUCCUUAUAAAGCUCUUAGGAGCUCAAAACCACCAGUAAAGCUGUAUAAGCACCGGGUUGACGGGAGCGAAGGAAGCGGCGCAUCGUACGGGGAGCUGCCUGCCGAAAUCGCCAUGAGUUACAAACCCAUCGCCCCUGCGCCAUCCGGCUCCAACCACACACCCCCAGGCUCCUCUGUGCCCUCUCCAUCCCUGCCCUCGUCGUCCAACUUUCGGCCAGCUUUUAGUGACUUUGGCCCACCCUCCAUGGGCUUUGUUCAGCCAGUCAAAGUUUCUCAAGGAUCCACCUACAGUGAGCUUCUCUCUGUCAUUGAGGAAAUGAGCCGUGAGAUCAGGCCGACGUACGCUGGGAGCAAGAGUGCUAUGGAGAGGCUAAAGAGAGAUAAUUAUGCCAACUGGAACAAACGUGUCUCAUUAAUUGUAUAAUCCACGCCCGUGCACUGGUCAGGGAGUGUCUUGCAGAGACGGAGAGAAGUGCCCGCACAUAACCUUUUCAAAAGCUCCCUUCACUCUUCAUUCUUUCCCUAUAAAAAAAAACCUGGUCUUCAUUCAGAUCCCCAUCGUCUGUUUUCCAACCAGAUCUUUUCACAUUUUGCUCUUUUCUCAAAAGGAUUUUAUAGAUGCAUUACGACCUUCUUGUCUCCAUUGUUCCCGGUGUUAAACUUUCUGUUUAGGCGAAAUGCAAUUUUGUAUUCAUUUUCAAAUUUAAUUUGGUGAAUUUCUAAACAAUUGAAAUGUUAGCUGUGUGUGAAAACCUUAUUAAAAUGGAUGGUAAUAUUUGAAGUAGUAUUUGCUCAAUAAUGGAAAUCAAGCCAAAAAGUCUGCAUUUUUCAAAGAUGAAAUUUAUGUUGCAACUCUACCAUUGCUCAAGUUUGUUUUUGGAUCAACCCCUGAAUGUUAAGUUGAUUGGGACAUUUUCAAUAGACCAUUUCUAUCCAUCCUUGCUUUGCUUUAAGGUAAUGUGAACACACAUUACACAUUUCUCGAUCCUCAAAACACUGUACAUCUCAAGUCAAUUUGUUAGUAUGGAAAUUUUGUAAACCGGAUUUUUGCAGUUAUGUAUAUCUUAAUUAAAUAACAGAAAAAAAUACUUUCAGUGUUUGUUUCAUUUGUGAAAUAGAUUUCUAUGGAAUAAACAAAAUGGGACUGUAGUUAAUUGAAUCAA